UUCAGCGGCUGGUCCGUGUCUUGGUGGUCGUUCGAGCGCUGAGGUACCAGUGGAGGUUGUUCAGCUUUGGUCUUUAGUUUUUUCCCCUAGAGCAUUAUCUUCCUAUUUUUAAUGUAGCUACAGGCUACAAACUUCUGUAUUCUCCAAGAGAAAAAAAAAAAAACCAAACUGCAUAGGUGUCUGAACAUUAGUUAGAGGAUGUACGUCAGCCCUCUGCCUUGGUAUUUACACAGCUCCGGUGGGGUGUAGUAGUGGUUAAAUUUCCUUCACGCAUUUGGGAUUUUCAUUGUCACCAUAAGGAACAGGAACUUGCCUUCCCCCAACAAAUUCUGUUACAAAAUCGAAAUAAAGGAGCAAUUGAUUGUGUUUGGGAAGAUACCCUAAGCAAUCGGCCAAGUCAGAAUAUGGUCGUGGAUCGGAUUUUCUCUGGUAUCCAGCCAACUGGGACGCCUCAUCUGGGUAACUACCUUGGAGCCAUUCAGAACUGGGUGAAUCUGCAGGAAGAGUGCAGCUCAGUGCUGUAUAGCAUUAUGGACAUGCACUCUCUCACCAUGCCCAAGGAACCAGCUGUCCUGCGCCAGAACAUACUGGACACCACUGCUGCCAUCCUUGCCUGUGGUAUUGACCCAAAGAAGUGUUUCCUAUUCCGACAGUCGCUGGUUCCUGAGCAUGCAGAACUUGCCUGGAUUCUUGGGUGCUUAACUAACGUCCCACGUCUGUUACGCUUGCCCCAGUGGAAGAUGAAGCGUGCCAGCCAGAAUAACGAAGGAACUGUUGGUUUGUUGACUUACCCUGUGCUUCAAGCAGCAGAUAUUUUGCUGUACAAGUCGACACAUGUUCCCGUUGGAGAAGAUCAAGUCCUGCACCUGGAACUAGCCCAAGAUAUAGCACAACAUUUCAACAAGAAAUAUGGAGAAUUCUUUCCUGUGCCCAAAGCCAUUUUAAGUACAACAAAGAAAAUAAAAUCCCUCAGAGAUCCAACAGUGAAGAUGUCCAAGUCAGACCCACAGAAGUUAGCUACUGUUACCAUAGCAGACAGCCCUGACGAAAUAGUGCUGAAAUUCCGCAAAGCUGUGACUGACUUUACCUCUGAGGUGACCUAUGACCCAGCCAGUCGCCCUGGUGUCUCCAAUCUGGUGUCCAUUCAUGCCGCAGUAACCGGGCUUAGCAUCAAAGAAGUGCUGCACCAAUCGACUGGUCUCGACACGGCUCACUACAAAAUGGUAGUAGCAGAGUCAGUUAUUCAAAGAUUUGCACCUAUCAGGAAUGAAAUCAAGAAACUCCAGGAAGACAAAUCCCAUCUGGUGAAGGUUUUAGAAGAUGGAGCAGAGAAAGCCAAAGAACUGGCUGCCCCUAUCUAUCAGGAAGUAAGACGACUGGUGGGAUUUCAGUAGAAACUGCUGAGUAUUUGCAAGGACUUUUGUUUCCUGGGACAGACAUUUUGUUAUUUGUAUCUUCUUAAUCAUUUUGGUUUGAAACAAAACGUUUUUUUCCUGGAAAAUCCAAGUAGAACAUUGAAGGUGUUUGCAUUAAAAAAUGUGCAUGAAGCCAGAUAUUUCCAGUGGGACCAGCACUGAGCUUUUCUGGAUAGUCAAAGAGGGAGGGCAGAAGCAAUCACAAUUCAUGAAGAAAUCACACAAAAGCAGAAUACAAGGUUGCCCAAAUGGGGUUUUGGGUUUCUCCAUUGACCGCUGCAAGAAGCUGAGGUAUAGGCGAGGUGAUCAGAAUCUAGCAGAAAGAUUUGUAAUCUUCUCAAGAACAUCCUUAGCUGUGCAUGUGAUCUUGUUACAGAUGAACAACUCAUCCCAUUGGUAGUUAUUCAGCUUCAAUACGGUGAUUGAAUGUGUUUGUGGAUAACCAGCAUAAAAGCACAGGCUUACAAAUCAAAAUGCUCAGGGUGAUGAAGAGAGAACUUGCUGCUUCUCCCUCUCGUGUCUUCAAACUCAGUGUGAUUUUGUAUCUGAACCUAGUUUGUGUGAAGUGAGUCAGUGUGUCUUACGCAUAUGUUUAUCCAUACUCUAAAACUCACUGUGACUACUGUGCUAGAUGGCCUCUUUGAUAGUCACUCCAAAGAAUCCAAGAGUGGACUUGAAUUUCCCUUCUGCCACCUGUGCCAUCCUGCUGGUCAGGUCUAAGGUACUUCAGUGAGAAAAGACAGCUUCAGCUGCUCCUAUUCCACCUGCUGUUCAGUUUAGCAGGGAGCUCCAGGAUUUCCAGUUCAGCAUCAAGUCUAGGAGUCCUUUAGAAAAGGUGCAAGGGAAAAGAUGUAAUCCUGUGUGAAAAAAAAUCUUAGGUUGAGAAAUCGGAGAACUUUCUGUAAAAUGUACAAAAUUACUUGUUUAGAAAAUUGUGCUGAGGUCAGAGCCAGAAUGGGAUUAAAUAGAUCUUUAUGAACUCUCACUGCUGAGUCUCAAGAAAGCUCAGUGAUGCGAGAAUGGUGUUAGUCUGCGCUGAUCUUAGGCCUCACAAGACCCACAGACUGGGACCCACGGAUCAUGGCGUUUGUUGGGGAAUGUGUGGCAAAGGGCAAUUGCCAAAAGGAGACACCCUCUUCUGAAGAGGGGAGAAGUAGUACAUGUUAAAAGGUAAUGAAAGCCCUACUGCUCCUGUGCCAGCAUAUUUAAGUAUAUCAUUGCACUUAAUGGUGCUGUGUUUGAAAGUGCUAUACUGUAAUGUAAAUUGAGUUCAUCCUGUACUCCAGCAGCUCAUAACCAUUACAUAGCUAUGGCAUUUGUCUUGAAGGAUAGCAGUCUUACAUGACUGAGUUAGUAAAACUGGGGGGGGUUCUAUGUAGUGCAGUUGUUUGUUUGUGUUUUAAAAAAAAAAAAAGCUAUUUAGUUUUAAAUUUAGUUGAUGAUCGUAGUGAGGUGAUUCAGAAAGAUUUAUUUAAUUUUGCAAAACAAGAAGUUGUGGACUGAGCGUCUGCGAAUCUGUACUGAGACCUGUAUUUAUUUGUUAGGGAUCUGAAGAAGAGAACUGCCAUGCAAGAACUUGAUGAUGACAGAGUUUCUAAAGUUAGUCAAGACUAGAGAAGCAGAGUGGAUGGAGACAGAAUGGUGGGAAACCAAACUCAGUGUAGACAAGUCCAAGGUAAUGUCCUCUGGAAAGAAUACGUGUAUUCAAAAAUAGUCCCUGGUUCCAAAUUAGCUGCAGUGGAUUAGGAAAGGGCACAGUUAUAACUGUGCAUAUUCAGGUAGUUUUACAAAACUUUUGUCGGUGUUUAACAGCUACAUUAGUCUGCAUGGGAACUAAGACAGAAAAGUAAGGCACACAGUUACUGCUGCUUACUGACUUGGCAUAAAGUGUUCUUUGUGACACUUUUUAACAUGGGUUGAUUUCUGCAAAAGUCUCAUAAUAGGUUCCUUAAGAGAAGCUAACACAGCACUCAUGGAGAUGCCAGAAAUCUUUAAUGUAUCUAGUUUCUACCUGUUCCUUUUUUUCACUAGCAAAGAUAGGAGCAUGUAUUCAACAGACAAAUCAUAGUUUCAAGGUGUCUUUAUGUUUCUGAUGCUCAAAUCACCUAACGUACAGGGUUGGCAUUCAACACACCUCCUUUGCAGUGAAAAGGAAAUAAGAGUAUUCAUAUGUCUUCAAUACAGUUUAUUAAAAAAAAGUGGGGAGGGGGUGACAUCAACAGGCAGUUCUGGCUCGUUACCCAAACUGUUCUGAGCUCUCUUUCCAAAACUUAGAUUUUUUUUUUUUGUUUGUUCAGAAAAUCACAUAGGUGAAGCAGGAAGAAAAGCUUCCAAAGAGCCCUUUUUUCGGGGUAGGGGUUUAAUACAUUACAUAUUUAGCAGUGUUUCAAUCAAAUUUACUAUUUUCUUUCUUUUUAAUUCAAGAAUAGAUUGGGGUUUUCCCCUUCCCUUUCCCCUAUCAGUCAAACAAAUCUUAACUUGCCUGACCUUCAAGUAAGGAAAUAUGCCUGUUUUUCGUCUUCAGGAAAGUGAAAUGUGUGAAAUGAGUAUGUUCACCUACUGAUUGUUGGCUUAGCUUUUUAUUUUAGUAGCUCCUGUGGAGGAAUUCUCAAAAUAAAAGCUGCGUCUGCCCAGUGAAAUAAUCCCAAUUCCACUAACAACCAGGAUCACUAGAGUCCCCUGAGAGGAGACAGCUGUAAUGUAGAAGUUUGCAGGUUUCUGCUGCCUAUUUCAGUUUUCUUAGAGUGUGGCUUUUCUGGGAAGUUAACCACCUUGGUAUUCAGGUUAAGAGUCUAGCUGGGCCUAGCCUGGCUGCCUCUUUGCAUUCCUUGAGCCAUUUACUUGGCAUCUGGGAUGAGUUUGUCAGGCAGAAGCUGAGCUUGAAGCAAUGUGUGCUCACUGCUGUCAGUGAGCAAAGGUCUCUGCUCUUCUACCUCCCUGUUUCCUCUUCAGAACGUUUUUGUAAGCACCUAUUCUGGAUGGUGUACUGUGGCAGUGUUUACUUUAGCAAAGUAGUGCAGAUGAGUUAGAGCAGCUUUUUAGAGAACAGUUGUUGGAGAAGGUUUUAUGCUAUGUAUUUCAGAAGGAUUGGUUUCCCACUAACUCUAAUAUGGUGUGCCAGGGUUUUGCUGUUUGUUUACAUCUGGAGUCCAGUAGGUGCACUUCUGAAACGUGUUUUCAUGUUUGGUUUCAUCCAGUUCAUAUUCCCUGAGACUUCUCUGUGAUAGUUGCUGAAGUGCAGUUAGUGGGGAUGGUGGGGAGUUUCUGCAGAAGCACACUCGUGAUCCCAACCGCAGUGCUAGUGUAGACAUGCCCCGUGGUGCUGCAGAAAUCAUUGUAAGGUGUUCUUCCAGGACUGGAUGGGAAAGAGAUCCAAUCACAUCUUUCCUAGUUGAAGAAAGAAGAGUUGAAAGGUGGAGAGGUAUCCUCACCCCUUGCUGUGUUGCUCUUUUUUUCAGCUUCCUUUUCUUCAGCGAUCCUUUUAUUUGAAUAUGUGCAGUAAUUUGUGUCUUAGUUUCAAAAUCUCCUCUUCUCCCAUUCCUGUAUGUUUAGUGCAUCUGAAGUACAUAUGUAGUGGUUGGGAUCUGCAGUAUUGGACCUAGCAUCUCCAGGUAACUGAAGAAAUUCACUUACCUUUAGAGAUAAAUAUCAGCUCCACAGUGAAUAACUUACUAAGAUCUGACUAAAACAUUUAUACGCUUGAGACAUUUGUCUUUGCGGCCAAUGGUUCCUAGGAAGUCAUCUUAUCACUUAUCAGAAGAUGCUGAUAGUGAGUCUCAGUUCUGUGCUCCCAAUUUAGAACACAGAAUUUACUAGGCAUUUUAGAUGCAGGAACAAUGUUUUUUUCAGCAGACUCCAGAUGAUGACUGGCCUCAUAAAUUAACUGUGGCACUGCUCCAGCAUACAUCCGUGCCUUAAAUAACUGGAGUUUAUGUAUAUUGUACAUUAUACUGGAAUUUGUUUGUAACUCUUAAAGAUGUGAUUGAAGUAUACUUAGUUUUCAAACACCACGAUCUGGGUUCUCAGAUUCUCCGGAAGGCUUUGUGCAUAGUUCUGAUUCAGCGUCUGUUUGUCUACAAACAAUUCAGACAAAACUCCUUAGCAGGGUUAUGGUUGCCUCCAUUCAAGCUUAGGGAGUUCAUACGAGUGAGCUGAAAGCUUGAGGACAGUGAAAUGGGAUCCUUUGGGACAGACCUGCAUCUAAAUGUUUUGGGACUAUAGGUUAUCAGAGCAAAUACUCCUGAUGAAAGCCUUUAUGUCAGUUUACGUAGGAACUCUGCAUCUGAUUUGUUGAGGACUGUUCUAUAACAUGAAACGGUAACUUUUCUGGUCUCUACAGUUUGCUAGAUGAUUGUGUCAGCAGAAAUGUGUUUGGAAACCAUUUGCCAAAGCCAAAUCUAAUCCUCAGUUCCAAAGCCUUUGGAUGUUUUCCCAAAAUGGGAUUUCCCAAAACAGCUUGUUUUUGAUAAGCUACAAUACCAACUUCAGUAGUUGCUGUAGGAUCAGUAAGAGCCAAAGGUCCAUUCCGAAUGACUCAUUCGUAUUUUUCAUUACUGCUCUGAUGUACAUUCUACUUAUCCAUGUGGCUCAAGGAUCAUGACAAAACUCAAGAGAGGAUUUGUGUGUGGUUCUGGCAAUAGCAACAAUAUGGACGCAGGUGGGUCUGAGUCUUGAAUCUAAUGAGCAUGCUCUUUCAGUGGUCCAGCUUGGUUAGAUUUAUGUUCAGAACAACAGACAGCUCUUUCACCUGUACUGAUGUCUCUGCAUUUGAGUUCCUGGAUGCUGCCUACCUGUUUGUUUAUGACUGAUUGCUUCACAGAGGGAAUGAAACUAGCAUGCUAGCAUAGGGAGUCUACUGGAAAAGGUUUUCUCUUCAGGAAAGGUGUUAUGUGUUCUUGCCAGGAAAACAAAAUCCCUCUUUCUGCUGUAUUGGACUAUCUAAUUUCCUUUAAAUGGUUUGAUCUGUUCCUUCUUUCUGGGUAAAUUUGGCAAUAAUGAUUGUGCUGCAAGAAGAAUGUCACUUUAUUUUGUAGUCAAAAGUCUUGGAAGGACCCAAGCAUCUCCUCUCAUCAUCUCAGAAGUCCAUUACAUUGUGGGACUUUACUAGUUGCAUGAGCCAGUUUCAGGGAGAAUGCUGCAGCAAAACUGUGAUCUUCUGUGACACUCAUUGAUCUAAUUAAAGCUUUUGUGUUUUCGUUUGGUUUUUUUAACUCACUAGGUUGUGAGAGAAGACUUUUGUUAAACUUGAAUUUCCAACCAAGCUUUCUAUUGCAUAGUCCUUUGGUGACCGGAUGACAGCUGAAAUAAUGGAAAAUUCUCUUUAUUGUCACAAAAGAUUCUGUGCUGAUGCCCACUGUCUUUUCUUCGCGUUUUGUUGGUUGUGCUAAUGGUCAUAUUGUGGAAGCUUUGACAGAAAAGUAUUUAUUUUGUUUUGUGCCAAUGAAAAAUCAUUCUACCUGCAACAGUCUCACAUUAUUAUGCAAAUGGCAGAUUCAUUGAUCAUUUUGCUUUUGGGCAGCAGCUUUGGUUUCACAGUUAUUUUAUAUAAACCCAAAUGCCAGCCUCCUGCACUGAGGGAUGAGCACAUGUGCCCAGUUACAAUAAACGGUUUAACAUCUGGGAAGAUAUUUUGCUACUGUGGUAGAUUGCUGUCACAGAACACCAUGACUGAGGGUGAGAUUAUCCACUACAUGAGUGGUCUUGUGCUGCCUGUGGACGUGAAACUAAGCACUGAGCUUAAUGUCUGUUGUGCUGUCGUGCUCUCAGCACUCCAACGUGGCUGUGAGACAGGAACAGCAAAUCUAUGCCACACCAGAAGGCUCGAUCGGUUCCAGAUGUGCUAUGUUUGGUGUAUCUGCAAGAUGAAAUGUCAGAACAAGAGUUCCAGCACCGAAAUGUUUAGAAGUUAUUAAAUGUUUGGUAGUAACAGCAUGCUUGUAAAAGGCUGGGUAUGAUAGCAUGGUCAUAGUCUCAUUCAUAUGGCCGACAUGAGAAGUCACAUGGCUGUAUGUGAUGGUGGAGUAAAGCAAGCCAUCUGCUUCCUCAAUACAAUCAAUGUAAAGACAGUAUGAGUCUAAUUUGAAGGGUUAAUGGAUUAACCCUUACAGGUGGGAAGCAACAGCUUAUGACAGAGCAAGGUGGUACCAGAUCUCUCCUGCUGUCCUAAACCAUUCUGAAACAAGAUGCUCACAGGUCAGGUAGGGACUUCAGGUCAUACAAAGCACAGGCAAGAUCCUGCAUGGAAAGUGUCACUUGUCCCACAUGCUGUUGUAUCUACGACUCGUCCAUCAACGUGAAAUGAUGGUUACGUGACGAUAAAAUUAAUGAAAAUUCUGUCAGAAACAUUGGAUGUAUGUUCUCUGCUAUCUUUGGUGAAAACUUCUUUCGUGAUGCCCCAGCAUUUAUAGAAACAUCUUGUUAAGCUAAAUGCAGAUGAAACUUAUCAAAACAAGGCUAUUCUCUGGCAUUACCCAGAGUUUCUGGUGUAGGUGGUCUCUGGCUUCAUUCACCCUGUUUACUGUCAUGUUUCCUUCCCUAAAGCACAUCCCUCUCAGAGUGAAGUAAAAUCUUGUAUGUUCA